AUGUAUCGUAUAGGAGUAGAUGUCGGUGGAACGAACACUGAUGCGGCCAUCCUCGAUAUCACCGCCAGCGAGACGCCCUCCCGCGGCGUCCUGGCAUCCAGCAAGACCCCAACCACCCCAGACGUCACCAGCGGCAUAAAGAGCGUCGUCGAGAGCGUGUUGCAGAAGUCUGGCAUCGAUCCCAGCGACAUCCUCAGCGUUGCCAUUGGCACUACGCACUUUGUCAACGCCGUCGUCGAGGCGGAUGCCAGGCGUCUGAGCAAGGUCGCCGUCGUCAGGCUCUGCGGCACCUUCACCCAGCAUGUUCUAGGCCUUGAGAUCGAUGGGCGAGAGAUAACCCGGUUGGACCCUGACCGGAUCAGGGAGACGGCCAGGCGUAUCAGCGACGCUGGAGUCACCAAGGUUGCUCUCGUCGGUGUCUUCUCUCCCCUCGACCAUAGCGGCAUCCACGAGGAGGCCUGCAGGCGGAUCAUGCUCGAGGUAGACCCUCUGCUCUCGAUCGUAUGCUCUCAUACCAUCGGCGGAGUCGGCCUGCUCGAACGAGAGAACGCCACCAUCCUCAAUGCCUCCAUCCUCCAGCUGGCCCGGAAGACGGUCCGGGCCUUCGUCCAGGCCAUGUCGGACCUCAACCUGACCUGCACCCUGUAUCUGACCCAGAACGACGGCACCCUGACCGAUGCCGUCACCGCGUCAGAGCUGCCCAUCAAGACCUUCGCCAGUGGGCCCACGAACAGCUUGACCGGAGCUGCCUUCCUGGCCUCCCUCGACCGGAGAGGGAGCAGGUCGGGCGUCGAGAGCCAGAUACUGGUGAUAGACAUCGGAGGGACAACCUCUGAUAUCUGCGCCCUGCUGCCCUCUGGCUUCCCCCGCCAGGCAUCCAACUUCGUCGAAGUCGGCGGUGUGCGCACCAUGUUCUCCAUGCCGGAGGUCCUCUCCAUCGGCCUGGGUGGGGGCAGCAUCGUCCGCCAGGAUGCUACCUCUCACGUCAGCGUCGGCCCUGACUCUGUCGGCCAUUACCUGACCAGCAAGGCGAGAGUCUUUGGCGGAGGCGUCCUCACGGCCACAGACAUCGUCGUUGCGGCCGGCAGGGAGCAGAUCGGAGACGCCUCCAAGGUGGCCGACGUCUCACCGCAGAUCGUCGACGAGGCACGCAGGGCCAUCACAAAGCUGCUGAACCGUGGUAUCGAGAGCAUGAAGGUCUCCUCCCUCCCCGUCACCGUCCUCCUGGUAGGGGGCGGCUCCAUCAUCUACACGGAUGACCUCGAAGGCGUGCAGGAGUGCAUCAUCCCCCCCCACCACGACUCUGCCAACGCCGUUGGUGCCGCCAUCGCGAAGGUUGCUGGCACCGUGGACGUUAUCGAGAUCCUCGCUGGCAGGGACGAGAAGCAGGUCCUUCAGCAAGUCGAGGAUGCAGCAGUCGAGCUGGCCGUCCAGCGUGGUGCUGACAGAGACACUGUCAAGAUCGCAGAGAUCGAAAAGCUGCCGCUCCAGUACGUUACCAACAAGGCUACCCGCAUCACGAUCAAGGCCGUCGGCAAGCUGAGAAUACCCACCGAGGAAGAGGCGGAGGCGGAAAGGGCCAAACUGCCCGUCUAUACCAACGGGACCAACGGGGUAAACGGCGUCAACGGCAACGGAGUCGAGGCUGAGAAGGCUGCUGCAGCCGAAGACGUAUCCAGAUCCGCCGUGAAGCAUUCCAUAUACGCUGACAUACCCUCUUACCGGCCCGAAGUAGAGAAUGGCGUCUGGUACCUGAGUGCCCUUGACCUCGAGUUCAUCACCUCCGGCACCGGCGUCCUGGGAACAGGAGGCGGCGGCCCAUCAUACCAGCAGUACCUCAUUGCACUAGAAUGCCUGCGAAAGAAUCCCAAGAGGAAGAUGAGGGUCGUCAAGCCAGAGAGCAUGGCGGACUCUGAUGUCUGCGUCUUUGCCUCUUGGUAUGGAGCCCCCAGCGUCUCGUCGGAACGUAUCCCGCAGGGCAACGAACUCAUCAGAUCCGUGGAGGAAUCCGUCAAGCUUUGCCAGUGUAAACACUUCCAUGCCAUCAUGGCAGACGAAAUUGGUGGAGGAAACGGCAUGGUUACCUUCCCAACCGCUGUCCACUACGACAUACCAACCAUCGACGGAGACCUGAUGGGCAGAGCUUAUCCUACUAUACAGCACGGAACCCCUUAUGUAUAUGGUGAAACUAUCUCGCCUUGCGCCCUAGCUGACUCAAAGGGCAACGUUAUGGUCGUCAUGAAUGCCGAAUCGAACGCCAGGAUUGAGACAAUGCUUCGAACAACUUGCGUCGAACUUGGCCUGUUUGCCUCCGUGUCUGCUGCUCCGCUCACCGGAAAGGCGAUUAAGCAGUAUGCUGUUCCAAACACCAUGUCCCAGGCCUGGUACCUCGGAAGAGCAAUCCACCUGGCUCGUCGUGAGAAAGUAGACGUUAUCGAAGCUAUCUUUAAAACCACCCCUGGCAGACUCCUAUACACCGGGAAGAUCGUCAACGUACACCGCGACGUCAGCCGUGGCUACACCAUGGGAUACUGCAUCAUAGCCCCCCUCUCCAGCGAUGAGGUCGCAGACUCAUACGACAACUCUGCAUCCGCAACAUCAACCUCAACAGUGUCACAACCACAUCUAAUCAUCCCCUUCCAAAACGAGUACUUAUAUGCAGCGCAUGUGACGAACCUCGACAAGCCUCAGGAGGCAGUCAACCAGGACGUCAUCUGUACAGUUCCAGAUCUUAUUUCGAUAUUGGACAAGGACGGCGAGGCCGUUGGCUCACAGGAGCUAAAGUACGGUCUGAGAGUCCGCGUCAUCGGUAUGGCUGCUCAUCCACUUUGGACCCAGGAUCAGAGAGGCCUUGACGUCGGAGGACCAAAGCACUUUGGCCUGGAUAUGGAAUGGAAGAGCAUUGGGAAGUACCAGAAGCCUCCGAGUGUUAUUGAUGAAUUCAACGUGAUUGUUUAA